CCAACGCCCGGCGGAGCAGCGCUGUGAGGUAAGAAGGCGGCGGCAACAACGGCGGGAUUCUCGGCCCGGUCGGCGGCGGCGGAGGCUGAGGGAGGGAAGGAAGGUAGGCGGGCGGCCUCUGCGAUUAAUUUUGGACCUGAUAUAGCAACAAAUUUGAACUAUGCAGACAAUUAAAUGUGUGGUUGUGGGAGAUGGUGCUGUUGGUAAAACAUGUCUUCUAAUUUCUUAUACAACAAAUAAAUUCCCCUCUGAAUAUGUACCAACGGUGUUCGAUAACUAUGCUGUAACAGUGAUGAUUGGCGGGGAGCCAUACACCUUAGGCCUGUUUGAUACCGCAGGACAGGAAGAUUAUGACAGAUUACGGCCCCUCAGCUACCCACAGACGGAUGUGUUUCUGGUCUGCUUCUCUGUGGUCUCGCCCUCUUCGUUUGAAAACGUUAAGGAAAAGUGGGUCCCCGAAAUCACUCACCAUUGUCCGAAGACUCCGUUUCUGCUCGUCGGGACCCAGAUUGACCUCCGAGACGACCCUUCGACGAUCGAGAAGCUCGCCAAGAAUAAGCAGAAGCCCAUCACUCCCGAGGCCGCGGAGAAACUGGCGCGGGACUUGAAAGCUGUCAAAUACGUGGAAUGCUCUGCGCUCACACAGAGAGGUCUGAAGAAUGUAUUUGAUGAGGCUAUCCUAGCCGCUCUCGAACCCCCGGAAACUCAACCCAAACGGAAAUGCUGUAUAUUCUAAACAGUUUCCUCUUUUUUUUUUUUUUCUUUUCUUUUCCUUUCCUCCUUGUUGCUGCUU